UCUUGAGAUAGGAUAUUGCAGUAGUUUAAAAUAUGUUUGUGCAAACACUUUGACUCAAGGGCUUCAAUCAUUAGAAUCUGUCAAAAUAAGUGGUUGUCCUCAACUUAUGCAAAUCUUCAAGAUGGAACAAAAUGAGAAAGAGCAAGGUGUUGUGGUUUCUCAGAAUUCUUGAGAUAGACAAUUGCAGAGGUUUAAAAUAUGUUUGUCCAAGCACUUCGACUCAAGGGCUUCAAUCAUUGGAAUCUGUCAAAAUAAGUGAUUGUCCUCAACUUAUGCAAAUCUUCAAGAUGGAACAAAAUGAGAAUGGGCAAGGUGUUGUGGUUCCUCAGAUCCAUUGCUGGCCAAAAUUAAAAACCUUUCAGAUACAUGAUUGCCAACUAUUCUCAUGCUUCAUUGUACAAGCUCCGCUCUUGGAGGACUUGUUUCUUAGUAACGUGGGAAUCAUAUGGAAAACUGAUGUGCCUGUAUUGAAUGAAGAUUGUAUAGUAAUUGGGAAUCAUGAAAAUGUAUUUCAAGUUCAAGGUGGGUACUCAUUCUCAAGGAUAAAAAAUUUGGGCUUGAGGAAUUUAUUUGAAAUGGGGAUUAUAUGGAACGAUUUUGCUCAAGUUGUAACACUUGAGAACCUUACAACACUAAUUCUGAGAGAUUGCAAGAAGUUAAGAUAUAUAUUUUCACCUACGAUGGCUCGUAGUUUAUCACAUUUGACUAAUCUCACUGUUACAAAUUGUGGAAAUUUGAAAAGUCUCUUUUCCUUUGGAUCUGUUCCUGUUCUUUCAAAACUUGAAUGUCUCAUAGUUGAAAGGAACUCUAAACUGGAGCAAGUAUUUGAAUUAGAAGAUGAACUGGAAGUGGUAGCUGAAGAGGAUAUGAAAUUCGAUAAAUUAGGAAAGUUAUCACUUAGAGAACUACCGAGCCUCAUUCACUUUGGUCCCAAAGGAUAUCAUUUUGUUUUGUCAACAUUGGAAGAUUUGGAAGUAAGAGAUUGUCCUAAGUUGACCGCUAGUUUCUCCAUUGAUUCACAGGAAUUUGUGCAUUGCGAAACAAAGGAAUCUAUGGCAAAUUUAAUUUCUUUGCAAUUAGGGUCAUUUCCAGAAUUGAGCUGCGUAUGGAAUGAAUCGAAUCAUUGCAUUGACCUCCAUUAUUUAGAGAUUAUUAAAAUAACGGGAUGUGGAAAACUUAAAUAUCUCUUUUCGGAAUUCACUGCUCGGACUUUGGAGCAUUUGAAAUUGCUCUACAUUCGAAAUUGCUUCUCUUUGGAACAUUUAAUCGAAGAAGUGGAAAACGUGGAUGAAAUAGAUGUUUCAAACAUGAAAAAUCAUUAUCCUCUAUUGUGGCCAAAAUUGGAAACUGUCGACAUAAGAAAAUGUAAAAACUUGAAAUAUUUGUGUUCAAGUACAUUGGCUAAAGGACUUCCCAACCUGGAAUCUAUCAAAAUAGAAGAUUGUCCUCGACUUCUACAAGUCUUCAACGUGGAAAAAAAUAAGGAUGGAUUUGGAUUUCAGAAUCAUCGUUGGCCAGCAUUGAGAACUCUUCGGAUAGUGAAUUGCCAAAUAUUGAAAUAUGUGUUUACGAACACUUUAUCUCAUGGAUUUCCAUCAUUGAGAUCUGUUUACCUAAAGAACUGCCCUCAACUACAAGUCUUCAGUCCCACAGAAGAAAGGGAUGUGAUUGGUGAUCACAUUCUACUUAAUGUGCCAAAUCUGCAAAAUUUAUCAGUGUCAAAUUGUCCCCAAUUCUCAUGCUUCAUUGUAAAAGCUCAGAUCAUGGAGGUAUUGAUGCUUAGUAACGUGGGAAAUAGCCGCCAAUUAUUGAACGUUGAUCUCCCCUUAUUGAAUAAAAAUUGUAUAGUAGUUGGGAAUCAUGAAGAAGUAUUUCAAGUUCAAGGUAGGCGCUCAUUCUUAAGGAUAAAAAAAUUGCACUUGAGGAAUUUAUUUGAAGUGCGGAUUAUAUGGAAGGAUGUUGGUCAAGUUGUAACCCUUGAGAAUCUUACAACUCUAAAGUUGAGUGGUUGCAAGAAGCUAAGAUAUAUAUUUUCACCUACAACGGCCCGCAGUUUAUCAAAUUUGGUGGAUUUUUUCAUCGAGGGGUGUGAGGAAAUAGAACAACUUAUUUUAGCCAAGGAUCAAGUUUCUUCUUCAUCAUCAAAUGGUGAUAUUGGCCUCCAACCUAUAAGCUUUCCAAAGUUGACAAAGAUCACUAUUACAAAAUGUGAAAAUUUGAAAAGUCUCUUUCCUUUUGGAUCUGUUCCUGUUCUUCCAAGACUUGAAAGUCUCAUAGUUAAAAGGAACUCUAAAUUGGAACAAGUGUUCAAAUUAGAAGAUGAAGUGGAAGUGGAAGCUGAAGAGGAGAUGAAAUUUGAUAAAUUAGAAUGGUUAACACUUGAAGAGCUACCAAGUCUCAUUCACUUCUGUCCCGAAGGAUGUCAUUUCGUAUUACCAGCACUGAUAGAGUUGAAAGUAAGUGAUUGCCCUAAGUUGACUACUGGUUUCUUCAUUGAUUCACAAGAAUUUAUGCAUUGCAAAACAAAGACACACCAAUUGGUUGAGGAAGAUGUGAUUGAAGAGUCUGCCACUGUUUCAAAUGCAAUUUUCAACAAGAAUAUAUGUUGGAGCCGUCGGGGGUUCAGUGAGAGUCAACUACCACACAUUACAUGAAAGAAUGGAUGAUUUUAAGGCAGCUUUAAAAGCCAGGUUACAUAAAUCAAUAAGUGGGGGCUUAUGUUGUUCAAAUUUUUUCGGUUAAGUUUCUGAUAUAAUUUGUGUCUAACAUGAGUUUUUUGACUUUUUUUAAGGUUUUUUUUUUAUAUAUAUUUAGAGGAUCAUGUAUAUCCCUAUCCAAAUGGACAUGAAUGCAAAAUAGAAAAUGAAGAUUCGGAGUAUCAUAAGUUCAAUAUAUCAACUAAAUGCAGGUGCGUUGAUAAUUGCGCUUCUAACUGGUAUGAAGGCUUGCUUUAAUUGAGUUGUAAAGCAAAAUGAUAUAUUGUCUCUUACUUCAAACUAAUAACUUAGCUAGCUAUAGUUAUGUUGCAACUUUUAUUGUAUGUUUUUGCGUGUGUGUAGCGACGUAAAAAAAAAUUUUGUUUCGCUUGGUCGCUAAUUGUGGCGAUUUAUUAAACAUUUGAAAACCAACUUUCGAUUUCAUUAACAAA